AUGGAAAGAAAUAGGAAACUAAGAAAAACCUUCAGAACAGCAUUUACCAGAAUUUAUAAUGGGAUAAAUGAGGAGCUAUGCAAAGAUGAGCAAGACCUACACAAUAUACAGGGUAAAUUGAGUUCUCUGGAAGGUAAGAUAGAAGAACUAAAAACUUUGGACAGGGAAAUUUUAGAUUUCUUACUUGAUUCUGAAGCAGAUGAAGAAGAGUUAAAUGAAGAAGUUAGGCUAGCAGAUGAAUAUGUAGAGAAGUUUAAUCGAAUUAGUUUAGCUGUACAGAGUAGAUUGAUUAGGUCUAGGGCCACUUCACCUGAGGAGUCCAAUGGGUCUGUAAUGAGUAAAUCUACUGCUGUUAGGACUAAGCUGAGGCUACCUACUAUUGAAUUCACAAAGUUUAGCGGGGAUUUGAAGGAUUGGCUACCUUUUUGGACACAAUUCAAAAGAAUAGAUGAUGACGAGAAUAUUGACGAUAUUGAUAAAUAUCAUUAUCUUGUGCAGGUUACUUUAGCUAAUUCUAGGGCUCGUCAGCUGGUCGAAAGCUAUCCUGCUACCUCUGAGAACUAUUCAAAAGCUUUGCAAAGUCUUAAAAGUCGUUUUGGUAGAGAUGACCUUCUCAUAGAAGUGUAUAUUAGAGAGCUUUUGAAGUUAGUUCUGAGUAAUUUAAACAGUAAGGUAGAAGUUUCUUGUAUUUAUGAUAAACUGGAAACACAGCUAAGAGCAUUGGAGACAUUAGGAGUAACAACUGACAAAUGUUCUGCUAUGUUAUAUCCUCUUAUAGAGUCUUGUUUGCCCGAGGAACUGUUGAGAGCUUGGCAGCGUCACUCCGGCUAUGAAGUUGAUGCUGAACUUAAGGAUAGACUUGAUGGCUUGAUGAAGUUUCUGCAAAAGGAGGUUGCUAACGAGGAAAGGAUUACUAUAGCCGCAUCUGGUUUUGAAAAUAUUAAGCCUGGUCCUUGGUCCAUUGAGCUUGGAACACUGGGAAUUAGUGUAAAAGAUGGAGACGGGCCUAUUGAAGUUCUGAUAGGUGCAGACGUUGCCGGGAAACUUUACACUGAGAAACGAUAUAUGCUUUCCAACGGAUUUGUGGCGUUUGGAUGUUUUAGGAAUCAAGGAUCCAGUGGAGGUAAAGAGUGA